AUGAAGCUCAUUGUCGCAGGAUCCACGGGGUUUGUUGGAACCGAAGUCAUCCGACUAAGCUUGAAACGGCCAGACAUUACAACGGUCAUCGCAUUGUCUAGGACACCCAUCUCGCUGCCGCAGCAGCCAGAAGCCGGCGCAGAUGUCUCGAAGCUGCGAAAUGUCAUCGUCAAGGACUAUGGCGAAUUUCCAGACAGUGUCAAGAAAGAGUUUGCCGGAGCUGAUGCCUGCAUCUGGACAGUUGCCAUUACUCCCGCCAGAGCCAAGCGCAUCGACUUCAAUGAAGUAAAGCGAGUGUGCCAGGAAUCCACGGUCACAGGUCUAAGGACAAUGCACGAAGCUGGGGUCAAUCGGCCCUUCCGGUUUCUCUACACCAGCGGCAUCGCAGCCGAGCGCGACCAGACCAAGACGCCCACCUUUAUGCCGGAAUACUCAUUGAUGCGGGGCGAGACAGAGAACCAACUACUUGCAGUCGCCGCGGAAAGUGGAGGAGACCUCGAAGUGUGCGUGGCAAAACCCGGAUGGAUCACGGCAGCGACCUUUACUAGGAAGUCGAUUAUGGCUUUCGUGUUGAGAUGGACUGCGUCGGUUCCCAGUGUCACCGUCAGCGAGAUCUCUGCGGCGAUGAUUGAUCAGGUGGCACAUGGGUUUGACAAGGAGCCUCUUAUGAACGAAGACCUGGUCAGCAUUGGACGACGGGCGUUGAGUGCUCCUCCAGCAGGGGAGUAA